GCACAGACAGAGUGGGGUGAGAACGGACUGUCGUGCGCGCUAUCCUGAGACGCAACAAGUCCAGAAGUAAUGAAACCAUCUUGUAGAGGAUAAUUGUCUAAAGACAUCGGCGUUAAAGCUUGUAUUGUUGUUCUCUCUUGGUUUGAAGCAAUAUUGUGCCAUAGUGGGGUACCGAGUCGAUUAUUAGCAAACAAAUCUGGACAUUUCCAAAUACGGGCCAAAUACCAACCAUCUAUUGACAUGGAGAUCAUAUCACAUACCUUACCUGGAACAAGUAGUCAACGAAUGACAAUGGACGACAUCGUAAUCUGUCGAUCAGUCACAUCGCCGAGAUCGUUGAACUCCGCAAACAGUUUUGAUAAUCAAUACUGCAACACUUCUUAUUCAGAGACCAACACGACUUCGAGUGCACCAAUUAGGAGAACUGAAACGAAAUGCAACGAUGGGAUGUUUCGUGGUAGAUAUUCCAAAUUAAAUCGGAGAAAUAUUAUUAUGAAAAAUCAACAACCGUUACGAUCCUCCAGCUUUGAUACGGAAUGGGGGCCAUCAUCCCAUCCCCAAAGUUAUCGCAUCAAAUCCCGGAGAGGAGCCGUAACCUCCGACCUAUCACCCGCUUCAAGCGAAACAUCUGUCGAAGAGAUUCAAGAUCGUAAUGACUCUCCAUGGAAGUUGGCUGAAACGACGAAGACUCCUCAUUCAGCUCCAUGUUCACCCAAAAUGCAGCUCAAACCAAGCAGACCGAAUUCAAUGUACGAAGCAGACAUAAACCAGCCUAUAUCUGAAGUUGGCCCAACGCUAGCGUCGGUAGCAGCUGUUCAUCUACAAGAUUUCAUAGAAGCUAGUGCCCAGGGGUUAAACGACCAUUCAAGUGAACAAGACAAAAAGAAGAAACUGGGUACCUUAUUCCGAAAAUCAAUCUCGGCAAAAAUCAAGAGGACCCUGAUGGGUAGACAAGACAGCUUCACAGCUGAUAACAUCACUUCUUUAUUCUCAAAAUUCAAGAUCCAUGAUAAAGAUGAGCUAGAAUUUGCAGUCUAUAAGGAUGAGGGUUGGCGAUCUUUUAUGGAAUGGAGUUUGGGACAGUCCGAUCAAGAAUCUCUGAGUAAAGAAGAGAUCAAACGACGUGAUAAGGUUUGGGAACUCUUCAAAAGUGAAUGCAUCUACCUGGUCGACCAUAUACUCGUUCUAAAAGAGAUUUUUCAAGAACGUCUUCGCUGGUUGCAGUGUGAAGGUCACCUUAUGCACAUUGAGAUGGCGAAACUUUUUGCGAAUCUGGAUGAGUUAUGCGCAGUCAGUACUGAGUUUUGUCGGGAGCUGUUUAGGAAUUUUACACGUGAUGAAGGUACUACCCAGUUCGCCGGUACACACGCAGUUGUUGCUGCAUUUGCAAACUUCUCGAAUCAACUAUGUCCUGCAUACUCUCGAUAUUGUAUGAACUACUCUGGUGCUUUACAUUAUCUACAAUUCCUGAGGGAGCAGGAGGACUUCUUGGAAUUCAUUAAGCUAUGUGAGCAGGAUAAACGAUGCAAACGACUGAAGCUUGUGGAUUUACUAAUCACACCAAUCCAACGGAUCACCAAGUAUUCCUUACUUCUUCGAGACAUCAGGGACUGUAUUUCAGAUGCUCUCGAACAAGCACAAAUUGAUGUUACCUUACAAAACGUCGAAAGGUCUCUAGCCGAAUUGGAAGGCAAAGUAAAAUGGUUGUCCAGCUUUGAGCGUCUCCGAGAGAUCCAGCAAAUGCUUACCUGGCCUGCUGACCAAGAUGGUCUUGAGUCAUCACGAGUGUGUCCAGAGUGUCGACAUUCGAGUGAUGAUGAAUCAACAGAUAACAGCCUUCUUGUGAGCUCUCAGAGAACACUUAUUCACGAGGGAUCACUUCGAAUGAUCGAUCAUGACAAACAUAUAGACGUCUACGCAUUCCUAUUUGACGAUAUGCUUUUGAUCACAAGAAAACGGCGGAAGUUAGUGACCCGUCGAUCGUUUACUGGAUGCCCUGGUAAUAUUCCAGACCAGAGAUAUCAGUCACCACCUCGUAUCAGAAAUGGGAUCACCUUCGUGGUAUGUAAAGCCCCGAUCAUGCUAGACCAGCUUCACCAGAUAGAUGUAUACCCAGAGAACGAAACGUCAGCUCAUGAUGUUAAGCACACAAUGGUAUUGGUGAAAACGGACAGAGGUGGACACGUUUCAGAAACUUAUACAUUUGAUUGCACUACAGAACACGUCAAGCAAACCUGGAUCUUAAAUUUGCAACAAUCGCGAAAGAAAUGGGAAAAAACGAUACGGAAAGGAAUGAUCCCUGUCAAAACUUGAAAACGGAACGAAACAUACAAGACAAUUUUGCAAAUCGUGCAGUACAUACUAUUUUUCUCUGUUUGUUUUGUACUCUUCGUUUUGACAAAAAAAAGUUUAUGUUAAGUUUGUAAAGUAAAAAUAGAUUGUUAGAAUAUAACGGUCAGUGCAGGUAAUCUGAGGAUCAGGAAAUACAUAAUGGUCUAUAUGAAGGAAGCGUUGAAGCGAUGGGAUAUAGUAACCUGCAGUGUUUGGCCCUCUUCUUACUUCUGAUUAUCCUCUUGUCGAGGCUCUGGCGGCUGCUUCCCGAGCGAAGCGAGGGAUAUCCUAAUUACCGAAGCCGCCAGGGCCUCGACAAGAGGCUAAUUUCUGACGUGCUUGUAAACCGGUGAAGGCUUUCAGUCACAUUUCCCCUACGGCGGCCGUACAGCGAGUCGAAAACGGCAGUUUUAAUUUGUUUGUACCAGCUACUUAAAGGUUGCUCGAAUAACUGAAUGAAUAAAACGGCUGUUUUCCACUCGCCUUAUAUACGGCCAUCGUAGGGGAAAUGUAACUGCGCCAUAAUUCUUCUGAUGAACGUUCCUAAAAAAUGCACCUGCACUCUUAAAAAUAAUGGGCAACGUAAUGUCCACACAACAAUUGGUUAAAACUUUAUCCGAUUUUGGGUAGUUUUUAACAAAUAAUGUGUGCUUUGGUGAAAACUGUACACAGUAUUGGUUGAAAACUACCCAGAGCUGGAUGAAUUUGUAAAUCUAUUGUUGUGUGGACUAUGGAAGAUUAAAAGUGUCACCCAUGCUCAUAUAAUCAUCCUUUCGUGUCUACACUCUUAGGAAAAGGGAUAAGAUGACGAGAUUUCGGAUCUCGUCAUGUCUACAUCUUUAGAAGAUAAGAUCUAAUCAUCAAUUCUAAAAGAUGUACACCUGACGAGAUUCAAGAUCUUGUCAUCUGACCAUCUCUCCCACAUGAUGUAGACAUGACGAGAUCCAGGAUCUUGUCAUCUGACCAUCUCUCCUACAGGAUGUAGACAUGAUGAUAUCCAAGAUCUUGUAAUCUCAUCAUCUCUCCCACAGGAUGUAGACAUGACAAGAUCCAGGAUCUUGUCAUCUGACCAUCUCUCCCACAGGAUGUAGACAUGACAAGAUCCAAGAUCUUGUCAUCUGACCAUCUCUCCCACAGGAUGUAGACAUGACGAGAUCCAGGAUCUUGUCAUCUGACCAUCUCUCCUACAGGAUGUAGACAUGACGAUAUCCAAGAUCUUGUAAUCUGAUCAUCUCUCCCACAUGAUGUAGACAUGACAAGAUCCAGGAUCUUGUCAUCUGACCAUCUCUCCCACAGGAUGUAGACAUGACGAGAUCCAAGAUCUUGUCAUCUGAUCAUCUCUCCCACAGGAUGUAUAGACAUGACGAGAUCCAUGCAGGAUCUUGUCAUCUGACCAUCUCUCCGACAGGAUGUAGACAUGACGAGAUCCAAGAUCUUGCCAUCUGAUCCUUUCCUCUAAAAGAUGUAGACAUGACGAGAUGAUUAUCUGAACAUCUGAGUGGCACGUUUAAGCUUCCAUAGUGGACAGUAUGUUGCCCAACAUUCUAUAAUAAUUGUGUGGCGUAUGUCUCUCUACCAUGAAUAGAGGAUGGUCGAGGCAAAUUACCGUAACAAUGACAGACAGGAGGCAGUUAGAGAUGUAUUUAUUAAUAACACGAAGAAAGAUGAAGUUUAAUAUAUCAAUUUAUUUUUAUGUUUGUUGGGAAGUGCAAUUGUAACACAGGCCUAUGUAAAUAACGUUUCAUGUUCUGCUUCCACGAAGCUUGCUGUGUAUACUGACUAUUUAUUUUGUUACAUGACUAUUUUGAUAUUUCAAUGAUGUAUUUAUUCAUACUUUUCAGUAAACUCAAAAUACAUUUCAAUUUAAGACACAUUCACAUGCUUACUUUUUUCAUAUAUAUUCAUAAAAAUAACACAUGAAUAGUAUGUAAAAUCGUGUGUAAAGUGAGUUUUAAUGUUUCG